GGUUGUCCCCACUCAUUCUCGCCUUACAAUAUCCUGCAAUAUCCGUUCAAGGUUUAAACGAAACUUUGGACUUUAGUUGACUUUUAGUCACUUUUAGAAGCAAGUGUGAUUUUAUAUUUCGCCUCAGUGUUCAGAGUGCAUUUUGUGAAACUCAGGCCAGGAACUCAUCUGAAUCUAUAUGAGUUGCUUGGUUGCUUUAACAAUAUUAAAAACAUUCGAGGUUCGUCAUUUGUCUCGGAGCAGAAGACGAUUGUUGACCCGACAGCACUUCCUAUACGAAAAAAUCCUUUUUUAGCUAAAUCUUCCAAGCUUUUAAUAUGUCGGGUAACAAAAUCGAUAUGCAAUACACACCGCCAACCUCGGACACCAUCCAGACCAAGCCAUUUCCUAUUAGAGGGGAACGAGCAAACUUUGUAAACAAGCCUCAUGUGAUCGCAAUGGUAGGUUUGCCAGCGAGAGGGAAGACCUACAUCUCGAAGAAGCUGUGCAGGUACUUGAAUUGGAUUGGAAUCAAUACAAAAGUUUUCAAUUUGGGCGAAUAUAGAAGACAUGCGACUACAGCCUAUCAAUGUCACGAUUUUUUUCGACCUGAUAAUAUCAAAGCCAUGGCAAUCAGGACCCAGUGUGCCCAGGACGCCCUAAACGACGUCUGCCAGUGGCUAGAGUCCGGAGAUGGCGAGGUUGCAGUUUUCGAUGCAACCAACUCUACAGUCGAGAGGAGAGAACUGAUUCGUGAAUUUGUCGUCCAGAAGAUGGGCUUUAAGUUGUUUUUCGUCGAGUCGGUCUGCAACGAUCCUGAAAUUGUUGAGCAAAAUAUCAUGGAGGUCAAGGUGAGCAGUCCAGAUUAUGCAAAUAUGAACAAGGAAGAGGUCUUGGCAGAUUUCAUGCAACGCAUCGAGCAUUACCAGGAGAAAUAUCAACCCUUAGAUGAAAUUCACGAGAGCGAUCUUUCCUUCAUGAAGAUCUACAACACCGGCGAAAAGGUUCUUGUUCACAAGCAUGAGGGCCACAUACAGAGCAGAAUAGUUUAUUAUUUAAUGAAUAUUCACAUUGUACCUCGCACAAUUUAUCUCACGAGGCACGGCGAGAGCGUGAUGAAUUUGGAUAGCAGAAUCGGUGGUGAUUCGGAUCUUAGCGAUAGAGGCAGACUUUAUGCUAAAGCAUUAUCUGAUUAUAUUGUUGAGCAGGACAUUCAGGGCCUGCGAGUUUGGACCAGUUGGCUGAAACGAACUAUUCAAACAGCAACCGACGUCAAAGCUCCACAGGAAAGGUGGAAGGCUCUUAACGAAAUUGAUGCUGGCAUCUGUGAAGAGAUGACGUACGAAGAAAUCGAGGAGAAAUAUCCCGGAGACUUUGCAGCAAGGGACCAAAACAAGUUUUCAUAUCGAUAUCCGAGAGGGGAAAGCUACGAAGAUUUAGUGGCUCGAUUGGAACCGGUCAUCAUGGAGCUUGAAAGACAAGGAAACGUCCUGGUCGUCAGUCACCAGGCUGUGUUGCGAUGUUUACUUGCGUACUUUUUGGACAAAAGUGCAGGCUUCACAGACCCUAUUGCAGAAGAAAAUAGGGAAAAUGGAAAACAUUUUUACGAAAAUAGAAGUGAUCUUGGUAUUGAAAAGAAAGAUGAACUGCCAUACCUGCAAGUGCCACUGCACACGAUAAUAAAAUUAACUCCAGUGGCUUAUGGUUGCAAGGUGGAAAAUAUUCGUCUUCCAAUUGAAGCCGUCGACACGCAUCGACCAAAACCAAAGAUUCCGGGAUAUCUAGAGGAGCGAUUCAAGAGAAAAGGAAAAAACCUUCAUACGUGAUAGCGACGGUUUUUAUCAGCAACAGCUUUGUUUUAAUACAAAUGAAGCAGUGUUUUUCGGCAGCUGACUGCCUCCGCGAGCGUGAAUGUGGUGCUGAAUAUAUUCUGCUGGUUGUCGCCCUUACUGCGUGAGUUUCUGAGAAUUAGUGGAUUAAAAUCAACCAGGGCUCACGAAGUUCACCUCUUCUAACGGAAAAUAAUAAAAUAAUUUCGGCCUACCGGGAACAGCGACAAGGUCUGCGCCUCGCAGAAACGUGUUGGGAAUAAGUUUCAAGUUAUGUGGUGAACGUACGCGUGUAAUAUAUAUUUGCUAGAUUUUUUUAAAAGAUUGUUCUGAAAAAGUAUAAAUACUCAUUUCACAAGAGUUGGUGAUGUAUUUAAAUGGAAUUUAGUUGGCAAUGAUAACUUAAGUUGAACUCAGACUACAUUUAAGUUUGUUGCUUCAAACGAAUUUUAGAAUCAAAUUGAGUAGAAUUUAAUUAAAUAUAUAACUAUGUUUAUUAGCAUCAUUUUUAAUUAAAAAUUAAAUUAUUCUUACAAUGUGUUUCAUAAUUGUUGAUACUCGAUACAGAGCUCGAGGGAAAACGUUAAAAACGUUUGUGACUCAUUUUGAAAUCUAGGUAGAUAGAUUCUUUCCAGUUCCUCUUUUAAAAUAAUUUUUAUAUUCAACUUUAAAUCUGAUUGGUUUUUCCUCCACAGCCAACGAUCGCUCUUUAUAUAAAUGUCUGCCAUUUACAGAAUAUAGUCGAUAUUUACAAAAUAUUACUAUUACUGUUUUUCUUGGUCAGUUGAAUCUUCAUGUGACAAAUCUCAAUACAUUAUAUGGAAUUCUUAUACAUAUGACUGUUACGAGAUAUUUAAAUAAAAUUUUUUUAUCCA